CCGCAAAUGGUUCUUCCCCCAUCCUCACCCUUCACCACCACCAUCUCGUCUCCAUCUCUAUCUCGCAAGCCAUGUCGCGCCCUUUCAAGCCGCUGCCUACAUUCCCCAACCCCAUCCAGUGGGAUGUGCCAGGCCGUAUUGCAGAGUUGCAGGCCAUGAUCAACAACCCUGCCACUGAUGAACCACAAAAGCUAAACCUCCAGACUGCUAUCAACCUGUAUCAUACAAAAGAGCUCCCAGGACGGUUUAAAUGGAUUCAGGACGGCAAAGUUGUUCGCCAUAAGGAUAUUGAUUUCCAGCGGCCUUUCUGGGUUGAGGGUUAUGGCCAGCAACUAUCCUCCCAGAUUAUGAUUCCAGCUACCAUGCCAGAGCCAUCUUUUGCGCCUUCUCAGCCCAUGUCCAAGUGUCCUUCGAACCAUCAACUGGCACAUCGCACAAUGUACACUCACUACCCAGCAGGUCAAGGCCUUGGACACGAGCUCCAUCUCACCAUAAGAGAUGAGAUCUCGCUAGCCGCUUUUGUAGCAGCACAACGAAGAUUAGAUUUCCAUGCUCCAACACAUACGAGUCCUCCAUCACCAGCACUCCUCCGGGACUAGUGCCAAUAGAGUAUUUUGGGAAAAUCCAGGUUCCCUCUUGACUAUAGAAGGUAUACCGCAUCUUUGGGGAAUUUCCUAAUAUAGU